GCAACAAAAUCGCGCAUCGGUAGGAUCCCCGGGUUGUCAUGUAUGCCAUUCAGCAUGUGGGCAAAUCCUAAAUCCCAUCCAUAAAUCAUCCGAUUUUGUACAUAUUCGCAGCCGCGCGCCUUCUUUCUUCAAUUAUUUAUCUUUCCUUUCAAGUCCUCACUCCCAACUCCAAAUCCCAACCCGAUCCUGCCUCAUUCUUCUUCUAUAUCUACUACUUCUUCCUCAUUGCGACAACCACGACCAAGCAAGAGAGAGAAAGAGAGAGAGACUACGUUCAACUCAAAGCUGUUUGAUUAAGGAGGAAGGAUGAAGAACUCGGUGUCUGAUCAAAGCUUUACUUUUAUUGAAAGUGAUGACGAGGAUGUAGAAAAGGCAUCAAAUCAGGAGGAAGAGGAUGGAAACUUUUCAGAUUCUUCGUCGCAUUCGUCGUUGGGAAACCGCCAACAGAGCAAACCAAAUUCAUAUACUACCUCUUGGCCUCAGAGUUAUAGGCAAUCCAUUGAUUUGUAUAGUAGUGUGCCAUCUCCAAAUAUUGGAUUUUUGGGCAACUCUUCUUUGUCACGCUUUGGUAGUUCAUUUUUAUCUUCAUCAUUAACUCAGAGGCACGCCGCUGAAGUAACAAAACCCCUCCUACCAACCGCCGUAGAUGGGCAACACCAUCAUCAUCAAAGACAUAGCUCUCACUCUCUUCUUCCUCCUGUCCAAUCAAGGAAGUCUUCUAUUUUAAGGAAGGCAGAUUCUGAGCACAAACCAUCUGCUUUCUCACAUGAGUUUCAUGGUUCCAGAAAUAGCUCAUUUGGACAGGCUGUAAUAAAUGGUGUGAACGUUUUAUGCGGAGUAGGAAUACUCUCUGCACCUUAUGCUGUUAAGGAGGGAGGAUGGUUUAGCCUUGCUAUACUAUUUAUCUUUGCUAUUCUAUCUUUUUACACCGGACUUCUUCUACGUUAUUGCUUGGAUAGUUCUCCUGGGUUGGAGACUUAUCCUGAUAUUGGUCAAGCUGCUUUUGGAAGAAUCGGAAGGAUUGUAAUCUCGAUAAUAUUAUACAUGGAAUUAUAUGCAUGUUGUGUUGAAUAUAUAAUACUGGAGAGUGAUAACUUAUCAUCAAUAUUCCCAAAUGCACAUUUGACAUUGCUUGGUUUUGAGCUGGAUUCCCACCUACUAUUUGCGUUAGCAGCCACUCUUGCUGUACUUCCUACUUGUUGGCUGCGUGAUCUUAGCCUUCUAAGCUAUAUAUCAGUUGGCGGAGUCAUUGCAUCAGUGUUGGUUGUCCUCUGCUUGUUUUGGGUUGGCUUGGUAGAUCAAGUUGGGUUUGUUAGCAAAGGAUCACAAUUAAACCUAUCAACUCUUCCUGUCGCACUUGGUCUGUAUGGCUAUUGCUACUCCGGGCAUGCUGUCUUCCCUAACAUUUAUACUUCUAUGGCAAAUCGAAGUCAAUAUCCAGCUUUUCUUUUGACUAGCUUUAUUAUCUGUACUUUGAUGUGUGCUGGAGCGGCUGUCAUCGGGUAUCUGAUGUUUGGAGAAUCUACAGAAUCACAGUUCACCCUUAACAUGCCCUCGAAUUUAGUUGCAUCCAAGGUGGCCAUUUGGACUACGGUGGUCAAUCCGUUUACAAAAUAUGCUUUGACCAUGUCGCCCGUGGCUAUGUGUCUGGAGGAGUUGAUACCAUCUCGCCACCUCAAAUCUCAGAUAUACCCAAUUCUUAUCAGAACUGCUCUAGUGAUAUCAACCUUAUUGGUUGGACUCACUAUCCCAUUUUUUGGUCUUGUAAUGGCAUUGAUUGGAUCCUUACUUACAAUGCUUGUGACUCUAAUACUGCCUUGCGCAUGCUUCUUGAGCAUCUUGUGGGAAAAGGUGACUUACCUUCAGGUGUCAGCUUGUGUUCUUAUAAUUGCGGUCGGCGCUGUCUCUUCGGCUUUCGGAACAUAUUCUGCUCUCUCUAAAAUCAUUGAGAGUUUGACUGUUUGACAUGAGCUCUUCAAAUCCCGUAUAAUUCAAUCACUUCUUAUUACAUCGAUUGUUAGCCAAAUUUGUAACUUGUCUCUUAAAGCUAUAAUUUCACAUCUUCCCACCCAAAGUAAGUUGAUGUCGUGUGGGUUGCAUGUUAUUAACUCAUUAGUGGUAAUGCUUCCAUUUAGGUUUUAGAAUUUGCUUUAUUACCCACCUACUUGAGUAGUUGAGUUGGAUAGCUAUAUGAUAACAUUGAGAUUGAGAAUCAUACAUACUCCAUAAUCUUGAAAGAAAAGUUAUACUUCCUCUGUUCGUUUUUACUCGUAAAA